AUGACUUCCCGUGUCACAGUUCAACAAGCUACAGUUGUUCUUCCUGGUGCUAAAAGAGAAUCUAAGUUAAGUUCAAAUACUGAAGCUGGUGUUUUUGUUGGGUAUUCUUUGGAUCGUACAGCUUAUCGAGUUCUUCUUGAUUCAAGCAUUGUUGAAGCCAGGAGUGUUUACUUUGAUGAGUCCAAGUUUCCAUUUAUGAAAAGUGAUAAAGACUUGUCUAUUAAUGGUACUGGUGUUGGGUUUAGUGUUGGUUCUGGUUCAGGGUCCAUGUCAGGGUCUUGUUUUGAUUCUAAGGGGUCUGGUUUAGGAUCUAAUGUUAGGGUUAAUUCUAUUGCUAGUUCUGAUUCAAGUUCUGGUUCUAGUUUUGGGUCUCAUAGAUCUUUACCAGCAUCCUCAUCUGGUUCUGGUUCUGGUUCUAUUUGUGCUUUACCGUCUCCGUCUCCGUCUUCUUCUCCGUCUCAUUCUCCGUCGCCACCUCCUCCUUCUUCUUCUUCUAUUAUUGUUCAUAAGCCUCGUUCUGUUCGUCGCAUUUUGUCUACACCUUCUGCUCCUCUUGAGUCUCCUACUCUUCCUACUCUUCCUUCUAUUCCUUCUGUUCCAUCUCUUCCUAGUUCUCCUAUUCUUCCACCUUCAGAUCAUGAUGUCUCUAUCUCUCCUGACUCUAGUCCUAUUGUUUCUUCUUCGGAAUAUAUUCCUUCACAAUUAGACUUAUCUGAAGCUGGUCCAUCUAUUAAUGAAUCUGAUAUUUCAGGUGAUUCUGGGAUCUCGCAACGAGGGGGUGAUAUUGGGUUUCAACCGUCUAUCAUUGCUUCGUCUCCCACUCCACCACCUUCUGUUGAAUUGGAAGUAGUGCCACUUAGUCAAGAAUCUCCUUCGUCUGAUCUUGUUAAUUCUCUUGACCAAGCUGGUGUUAGUGUUGUCACUAAGGAUGAUACUCAAGCUGUUUUGCCUAAAUCUCGAUCUCGUGUUGUUGCUGUUCGUUUACCUUCUAUAACUCCUGCCAAACGCCCGAGUUCAGAUGACAUUGUUUCACCUCCUUCUAAACACCUUUGUGAAAAUUCUUUGAAACAAUCUCCAGUGUCUGCAACACCUGCAAAACGUCCAGCUGAAGAAGAGUGUAUUUCUUAUCGUCGUCUCAAAUCUCCCGCUUUGAAAGCUAUGUCUAGUGAAGAAGCUGAGUUUUGGCUUGAAGCCUGUGUUAUUGAAAUGUCGUCUCUUAAACGCAAUGGUACUUGGGAAUUGGUUGAUCUCCCACCUGGUCGCAAGGCUAUCAAUAGCAAAUGGGUGUUUAAAGUUAAGCGCAAAGCUGACGGUUCAAUUGAACGUUACAAAGCUCGUCUCGUGUGUAUUGGAUUUUCGCAAGUUGAAGGUAUUGAUUAUACUGAAACUUUUGCUCCCGUUGUUCGUUACGAGACUGUGAGGAUUGUUCUUGCUAUUGCUGCUCAGUUUGGGUUCCAGGUUCAUCAUAUGGAUGUCGAGACUGCAUUUCUUAAUGGUGAUCUCAAAGAAGAUAUUUAUAUGAGACAACCUAAAGGCUUUGUUGUCAAAGGUCAGGAAUCUAAAGUGUGUCAUUUGAAGAAGUCUUUGUAUGGUUUAAAGCAAGCUCCUUUGUGUUGGAAUGAGAAGAUUCAUGGUGCUCUUGUCAAACUUGGGUUUAUUCGUAAUGAAAGUGACUACGGUGUGUAUACCAAAGGAUCUGGGUCUACCAUGGUUAUUAUUGCACUGUAUGUUGAUGAUUUACUUAUUUCUGGCAAUUCUUCUGAAGUCAUUGCCAAAACCAAGUCUUCUUUGUCAUCUAUGUUUAAGAUGAAAGACUUGGGCCCAGUCGAGCAGUUCCUUGGCAUGAGAGUUAAGCAGUCACCUUACCAUAUUACUGUGGAUGUUUCACGUUAUAUUUUUGACGUGUUGGAGGAGUUUGGUAUGCAGAAUUGUUCAAGUGUCAAGACUCCUUUACCCACUCGUGAUCUUUCUGAUUUUUCCGAGUCUGACUCUGCUACCGAUGCCUCCAUGUAUCGCAGUAUUAUUGGUAAGCUGAUUUAUGCUGCUAAUUGUGCUCGUCCUGAUCUUGCUGUUGCUGUUAGCUUUCUUUGUCGAUAUAUGCAGAGUCCUAAGUCUAUUCAUAUGGAAGCUGCUAAGCAUACUCUUCGUUAUCUUAAGGGUACUGCUGAACUUGGUCUUGAAUAUCGAGCUCAGAAAGUCUACAAGCUUGUUGGCUAUAGUGAUGCCGAUUAUGCACAGGACAAGCAGGACCGUAAGUCCUUUACUGGUCCUGCAUCGUCCAGCGUCGAGUCUGAGUACAUGUCAUUGUCUGAUGCGUCUAAGGAAUGCUUCUGGAUUAAUCAGUUGUUGUCUCUUUGCAAGAUUCCUGUUCCGUUGCCAGUGACUAUGUUUGAGGACAAUCAGGGAUGUAUUGCUUUGGCUCAGAACCCAGUGUUUCAUCGUCGCACCAAGCAUAUUGAUGUUCGGUAUCAUGUUGUCCGUCACUAUAUUCGCAGUGGAGUGAUUCAUCUGGAGUAUCUUGAUACUCAAGUGAUGUUGGCAGAUAUGUUUACUAAGAAUCUUGGUCGUGUGAAGUUUGAGACAUUGAGGGGACUACUUGGUAUGAAGGCAGUAGGUGAUUCUGCGACAAGGGGAGGUGUUGAGCAUGCAAUGUUGUCGCAGACUAGUGCAGUUGAUAAUGCACGUAUCUUGCCUACGGAUGAUAAAGUCAAAGCUAUAAGAGAUUUUCCUGUUCCUAUAACACCUCACGAUUGUAUGCGUUUUAUGGGUCUUGCUAAUUUUUAUCGACGUUUUGUUCCGCAUUUUUCACAAAUUGCUGCACCAUUGACUACUUUUAUGUCUCAACCCAAAGAUACUAAGUGGACCCCCGUUGAACAAAAAGCCUUUGACAAGCUUAAGGAUAAGCUUACCACUAGUCCUGUUCUUAUCAUACCCAAUCCAGAUGAUCUCUUUGUCCUUACUACUGACGCUAGUAAAAUUGGUAUUGGUGCCACCUUAGAACAAUUCGGAGUUCAAGGUAAAAAGCUUGGUGUCGUCGCUUAUUUCUCCCGCAAGCUCGACAAAGCUCAACAAAACUAUGCUGUCCAAGAUUUGGAAUUCUUGGCUAUCGUCGAAGCUUUGAAGCAUUUCCGCACUCUGUUAUAUGGCGUUCAUUUCAUUUUACGCACUGACCACAUUUCCUUGACUCACUUACAGUCUCAAACUAAACAACCCACUGGUCGUAUUGCACGAUGGUUUGGUUUACUUGCCGAGUAUGAUUUUAGUAUUCAGUACAUCAAAGGAAAAACUAAUGUCGCUGCGGAUGCACUUAGCCGCAUGUUCAUUGAAGCUAUUGAGCUUGAUAACGAUUUUGAGGAACUUUUACAACAAGUUCGUGAUUCUUUAAAGUCUGAUCCUUUCUUCGCUGAUAUCAUUAGUCAUUUGGAAGAUUCGGAUUCACCACUUCACGAUCGUCUCAAAAAGCAAUUUGAGUAUGAUGACGGUGUUCUUUAUUUUAUAAAGUUUACUACCAUGGACGAUCACCAUCGUCGUCUUUGCAUUCCUGCAUCCCAACUUAGACAGUUGCUUAUAUCUAAAGCACACAACCUGUCUCACUCUGGCCCUUAUGCCACUUAUCUUACAUUAGCUGCUGACUAUUACUGGCCCCAUAUGUUCCGCAACAUCAAGCGUUUUAUUCAAAGUUGUGAUAACUGUCUACACAACAAACCUGAGCAACGCAAAACACAAGGUCUGCUACAACCACUGGAAGUUCCUGAGAACCGCUGGUCUUCAGUUUCUAUGGAUUUCAUUACUGGCAUCCCUAUGUCCGAGGAUUUUGAUAUGAUUUUAGUAGUCGUUGACCGCCUUACCAAACGCGCUCAUUUUAUCGCAACUACUACUACCUUAGAUGGCCCUAAGCUAGCACAGCUUUUUAUGCGCGAAGUUACUCGCUUACAUGGAUAUCCCACAGAAAUUGUUUCGGAUAGAGAUGUUCGUUUCUCUACAUUCUGGACUGCUUUUACCAAGUCCUGGGGUACGAAGCUAUGCAAGUCUACUGCUUAUCACCCACAGUCUGAUGGUCAAACAGAACGUAUUAAUCGGAUUCUAAGACAACUUUUACGCUCUUACUGUUAUGACAAUGGACUUGAUUGGUUUUAUUAUCUUGACCAAGUAGAAUUUGCUUAUAAUUCCGCACCACAGUCUACUAUUAAGACAUCCCCAUUUGUCGCUGAUCUUGGCUUUCUACCUCGCCAGCCUGCAAUGAUCCGUCCACCAUUGGAUGCUCGUAUACCCUCAAACGUGGAAAGUCUACAAGUCAAACUGAAAGCUAUUCUGUUACGUACUCAAGAGUACAUGAGUUUCUCACAGUUGAGUCAACAACGACAAGCUGACAAGCAUCGUCGUCCUGUGGAAAUUAAAGUUGGUGAUUCUGUUCUUAUCCACCACACUAGUUUUCAGAGCCCUAGCAACAGGAUGCUGCCACUUUUCGUCGGUCCAUACACCGCCGUUAAAGCAAUUGGGGGAGGAAAUGCGUUUGAAUUGGACUUACCCACUACUGUGAAGAACAACCGUGUUUUUAAUGUUUCGAAAUUACGCAAAUAUGUCAAAUCUGAUGAAUACCCUGCUGAUAUUAGACCUACUGAGGAUUAUGUUAAGAAGAACUCGAAUCGCAUUGCUAGCGUAGCCGCUAUGCAAAAUGGUCUUGUCUAUCUACAGUUCACAGAUAGCCUACCUGGGCAUUGCGUCGCUAUUUCGACAAGUUUUUGGAAUUCUAUGCCUGCAGAAAAAAGGAUACCAUUAUUCAAAGCUUACAUGGCUAGAAUCAAAGCUCGGGACGAGCUUUUAUGA